AUGCAGAAUUACGGACAAGCACCAGGCUACCAACAGCCAGGAAGCGCGACGGGCUUCGCAGGCCAGCAGAGCGCGCCCCCGCCAGUACCGCCGCCCCCACCGGGCUAUGGAGCUUCCCAAGGAUACCAGUCUGUUACUCCCCAAUCGCACGGUCAAUGGACUCCAUCCACGCCCACCCCAACUCAGACGUCGAGCCCAUGGAACCAAUCGCAACCGCAGACUAUGGGGGGAUACAAUCCGGGCACAUAUGGGACGAUAUCAGGCGCACAGCGGCAGUCGUAUGCUCAGCAACAAGAUGUGCCUCCCCCUCCUCCCCCAAAACCAUACGGCUUUGCGGCGGCAAUGCAACGACAGGAGCAGCAGCAGCAGCAACAGCAGAAUUGGGCCCAGCAGCCUCAGCAGCAUGCCAACUUCACACCUCAACCCCAACAGGGAGGAUACCCCAAUCAGGGUCCUCCACAACAGAUAUACCCAUACGUAGCUCCUCCGCCACCGCAUGCGGGAAGACCAAGUUCGAUAUAUGGUGCAAUUCAGACACCCUCAACCCCAAGUGCUCCACCCGCGGCUUCUCAGCAAGCCCAUGCAAAUGUUAUUCCAAACGAACAGCAGCCAGCAUAUGCCCCGCCAUCUAUACAUGGAACAAGUGCCCAAGAGUACAUGCCACCUAAUCCCAAUCUAGCAAAUAGUAUUCAUGGCCCUCCUCCGCCGAAUGCCCCGACAUGGCAGCAGACACAACAACAACAACCGCUCCAGGGAGACACAAACCAGUUCACUUACACGAGGCCGGCUGUGGAGCAGAAUCCUUACGGACAGGGAAACCAGAGUACACAAUCUUCCUAUCAAGCAGGGCAACCUCCACCACUUCCGCCGCGCGUUGGACAGCAGACGGGACAAGCUGCGCAAAAUCAACCACCCCAGUACCAUCACUAUGGACAUCAAGCACAGAACCAGUACCCACCGCAGACACAGACACCUCAACCAUAUCAAGGCCAAGCCGUCCCUGCUAGCCAGCAGCAGCAACAGUCAUUUGCGCAGACACAGCAUCCACCAAGUCAAUAUCAUCAGCAACCACAACCGCCGACGUACGGACAAACUUCUUAUGACCAGCAGGCCAGUUCCUUUCCACAACAGACACAGCCUCAAAAUCAGUGGCAGCCUCCGCCGCCUCCAGAUUCAGCUUACAAUCAUCACGUUGCACAAACAUCUUAUGAAGCUCCACAGACACCACAGCCAACCCAAGCCUCAAACCUCAACCAGCAGUAUUCUCAAGUGCCAAAUCAACCUGCUCAGGAGUCCAAUUCAUCUAACCAGACUAACACUGUCUCAUCAAGCCCCUAUGUAUCACGUCCAAACAGCCAGCCAGUAUCUCCAAUAUCCAAUCGACCCAGUCUUAGCUACCCCUCUGGGCAGCAUCCACGCUACAGCCGUGCCGACUCUAUAAACUCCGUUGCUUUCGCCAAAUAUUGUGCCCAACGCGCCGAAAGCAAAACGGCGUCUCCAAAACCUACGAUACAAAAGUUUUCAACACCACCUCCACCGCGUGACGAAAAGUCAACAUUCAGUGCAUUGGCCGCUGGCGGCCCUUCGGAUUGGGAGCACUUGGGUGGUAGUGAGGAGAUUGAUGAUGAAGACCUUUUUCGUACGAAGCCGGAGAGAAAAGGGACUGAGAUUGCCCAACCAGAUAGCAUUGAACUGCCAGCACACGUUCCAUCCCCUCCGUCAACACACGGCUUCCCAAGUCCUGCAGUAUACCCCACACAUCCAGGAUCAAGUGAUUCAGUAGAGAGAUACAUGCCUACACCUCCUUCUGUCGUGGCACACCCUAGCGAACGACGUUCACCAAGUUCCACCCCUGAGGGUUUUGUCGUGGAAGAUGCGAUCGUAGCGCCCUUGAGAACUACUCCUAAACCCACAGAGGGUUCACGACAUCCCCGAGAUCAGUUCAAAGGAGCGUCAUCGCCUUCGAAUCAGCAUACCCCAAUUCAAUCAAAAUUCUUGCACGAAGGGCAAUCGGGUGGUAUUCCCUUUGGUCUGGCGAGCCCUGCUAGUACCGCUUAUGCUGCAGAACUCAAGGCAAAAGACGAACUCAUCGAUCAAUUGCGCGCAGAGUUGCAACAGCAAAUUGAUCAGCGCCGCACCGAGUCCGAGACCUUCAAGGCUGAACGAGAGAAAUUGGAAUCUGAGUUCGACGCCGCAAAUAUCCAUGCAGCGGAUGAGAGGGAUGUUUUGUUGGCGCAAAUUGAGAACAUGAAGAUAACAGCAGACCAAGCUAAUGCUAACUCUGAGGCCGUGGUCAAAGAAAAAGGUCUAACUAUCGACAGACUGAAAGAAGAUAUGGAGGGGAAGGAUAAUAAUCUCGAAGAGCGCGACAGUACUAUUGCCGAGCUGAGACGCCAGCUCGAAGAUGAAAAGACGAAGGAGCUGCCGAAGCCAACUGCAGCAGAUCUCAUUCCAGACCUUGACCCGUGGUAUGUAGGCUCAUUAGAGAGGUACAUCGCUAUGCUUCGUGGUGAGGCAAUGGAACCACAGGUCCAGGAAAAGAUUAAGAUAUUCAAGGCUUUCGUGAAAGCUGAGGCGAGUUUCAGAGGAAUCCCACUUUUCGACGCCCCGCCCCAAGAUCCAGCAGUCGAACCGGCGGCUUCGAUACAACCUGAGCAGGUUUCGGAAUCCCACAGCAACUCCAAAAGCUCUGGUGUAAGACGGGAUCUGAAAGUACAAGUCCUGCCGGACGUAGCGCAACAUGAUGACUAUGAUUAUAGUCCAGGUGGAAGGCCCAUCAUAUCGCGGAAACCAACAUUACCUCUCAUGGACAUUACGCAGAUGCAGCCCCAAAAUGCACCCUCUGUGCAAUCCACCACUAUUCUGACCCCAACGAGCUCAAUCGAUGAUGACAUGAACAAAACACCAAUUCAGUCUCAUCCUGAAGAACCGUUACAAUCACAAUAUAAGGCCUACGUGCCGCCGAACAGAAACCCUGAAGACCCCCUGCCCUUGCGACAUAGGCAAACGAUGUCUUUCAUGAACACACCAAGCGGAGCUUCGUCAUCGGGCCUUCAUAGGGGUCAUGAUGAGAUUUUCUUUGGAGCGGGUCAGCCGGAUGCUCAUGCAUCUGCAAACAAUUCUCCCCACAAUGAGAGCGAAGACUCUAUUCUUCCAUUGAAUAUAAAACCACAUAGCCCGACCUCAGUCGCACCUCCGCACAAAAACGAUCCGAACAAAUACCUCGCCGGACUUCUCCCACGACAGCUUGAGAGCAAACCUAGCCAUCGAAUUCAGAAGCUCAGGGCCAACCUAUUAGGUGUAGGAAAUGGGCUGGUCAAGAUGGAAGAGCUUACGGGCACAUGGGAAAAGACAACAUCUCUCAACCGGCGGAAAAAUGACGAUGCACGUCGAAAGCGCCAGGAAGAGAACGAGGAGCACAAUGACGACUUGUUCAACAAUGAUGAAAUCUCGUAUGCGGAAAUGAAACAACUAGAAGAAGAAUUCAAGAAGAAGGAAGUAGAGCUUAAAACACAAGAGGUGCAAGAGGAAUACAAGAGCUACAUGGAGACCGUGUUCAACCCAGUCUAUAACGGACUUCAAGCAGAAAUUAAGCAGCUGAUGGAUCUAUACGACGAGGCCCAACAUCUACUCCAAACUUCUGUGUCCGGCAUCAAGAGUCUCGAAGGUGGCGAUCCCCCCAGCACCGAAGACUGUCUCGAGCUCCUAGAAGACAUACACAAGCAAGCCGAAAAGCGGCACGAGGGCAUCGUCCGCAUCGUCGCCGAGCGUGACCGCCUCUACAAGAAAACCGAGAUCCAGCCCCUCUACGCCGCCGGCAAAAUUAGCGCAAUCAAAGACCUAGAAAAGCAUUUCGAAGCGGCAGAGAAGCAGGCUAUCCUAAAUGCCAAGCGUGAAAAGGAAAGACGUAUCACCCACCUCGUCAACUUUGUAGAAGAUAUCGUUGUUCAUGCUCUGAGCACCGAACACGACGAAAUCGACAACAUCCUCGCUGCUAUCAAGCGCCUAGACGAGAGCACCGGUGACCCAGAUACCCUAUCCCACGCCCACUCCACCCUCGAGGCCCUCAAGCACUCUUCAAAGGCACUGCUGUCUCUCUUCAACGACCUUGAAAUCGAACUCAACAGCGCUGCCGCAGACGCUGCCAUCGCGCAGGCCGAAAGCGACAAGAGCGGUGCGGCGCAGGUGCGCGAGUUGCAGGCUGAGAAGAAAGAGGCGGAGAAGAAGUUGGCGGAUGAGUAUACGAGGAGAGUAGGAGUUUUGGAAAGUGAUGAGGCGGCGAUUAAGGCGUUGGUUGCGAGUAAAAUGCGUAAAGGAGAUUUGGUUGAAAGUAAAACGCACAAGGGAAAUGGAGAUGGUGGGAAGGAGGAGCGGUUGCGUAUGGCGCUUGAAGAGGCGAAGAGGAGGAAUGGACAUGCUUGA